AGACAGUCCGUUACGAGAACCUUUGGUUCUGCGUUGGCCAAGCGCUCCCACAUGAUCUCCGUCCACCGUGAAACCGAGCAGGACAACAGAAACACCCCCUUCGAGUUCUCCAAGCAGAACCUCGUCAGAGCCGAGGAGAUUAUUGCCAAAUACCCACCACAAUACAAGAAGGGUGCCUGUAUGCCUUUGUUAGACUUGGGCCAGCGCCAGUUGGGGUUCACCUCCAUUUCCGUCAUGAACUACGUUGCCAAGAUGUUGGACAUGCCGCCAAUGAGAGUCUAUGAGGUUGCCACCUUCUACACCAUGUACAACAGAAAGCCAAUGGGUAAGUACAACAUCCAGGUCUGUACCACCACUCCGUGCCAGUUGUGCAACUCUGACAGCAUCAUGGAGGCCAUCCAGUCUCACUUGAAGAUCAAGCCGGGCCAGACCACCCCUAACAAGUUGUUCACCUUACACGAAGUUGAAUGCUUGGGUGCUUGUGUUAAUGCGCCAAUGAUCGCCAUCAACGAUGACUUCUACGAGGACUUGACUGCCGCCAAGACCGUUGAGAUCUUGAAGAGCUUCGAGGCCGGCAAGCCAUUGCCAUACGGUCCAGUCAGCGGGCGCAAGGACUGUGAGCCAUUUUCCGGACCAAAAGUUUUGUUGAGCAAAGAGCCAAAUGACAUCAGGAGUUUGACCAGAGCUGAUUUGUAAACGACCCAAAACGGCGCCGCGCUGGGUCCCGUUUCUACCACACACCAGGACCGGGAACCGCAUGGGCCCAGACCCUGGAUGCCACUAUUUAUUCAUCCAUCAUGUGCAUUAUUUAAUCGUGGGGAAGCAUCCUCCACUAUAUAGUUCUUUUCUACCCUUUUUGUUUCUAAUGAAAGCUGUCUUCUGU